AUGAGCCCCAGAAGGGCAAAACCGGUCGUGGGCUGUCGGAGAGUUUUCAGCAACCUUGUAAAGGAUGUGAUCAUCGAUCCUGUGCUGGGUCCUGAAAACUACCAAGCCAUGAGCCUAAACUUUUGCCGCGUGUAUGCAAAAAUAAGUGGCCCAGUGUUCGAAACUACCAAAGAAUUCAUUAUUCCCAUGCUGAUGAACCUUGAUAAGGAUCAAAGCACUCAUCUGACUGGAGUUUCUCCAGAACUCAUCACAGAUUUUAUCACUGGUCGGAAAACUGAAUACUGCCUUUUAAAUAAAUCUAAUCUACCGUCUGAUCUGAUCUACGUCCUUUUGUUUACCAUUCACAGCACUGGAAAGAUAUCCCAAUUCCGGUCAGACAUGGCUGACACGGUAGCUGUUCUUGCGAACAUGUGCAACGGAUGCUUUAACGUACGAAUUGAUUUCAGUGGAAGAAGUGACUCACUAGAACACGACUCGGCAGAACACGCAUUGUUUGAAAUAUCUACCAUAGGAAACCUCGCAUGUUCGAAUCACACCCAUCUGCAAAUCAAUUUGGUUUCCACGAGAGACUCAAUUGAAUCUCUCCUUCAUGAUAUUCUACAACAGAAUGUGCUGCACACAGGCCACCUCAUGUUUCAGUUGGCACGAUAUUCGAGGUAUCGCAGCACACUCGGUUUUAGAAUAUCAUAA